GUGACUACAAAUCACAGUCAGUGUUUCACAUUCAGCUUUAAGUGGUCGAUUAUGGUCUAUUUAUAACGGCACGCUGAUUCAAAUGCAUCCUGUGCAAGUAUUCAAUGUAACGUCAUGUUUAUGAAAGCUGGCCUGGCUGCAGACAUGUGAGCCCCUACGACUGUGGACAGUGGCUGCAUCGUUGUUGUGAAGACGGAAGUGACAAGAGGACUUCCCUCUGGACAUUUCUUCAGUCUUUUCUGGGGACAGCAAAAGGAUUACACCGCCGCCUGACGACACACCAUCCGUCAUGUCAUCCGCGUACAAAAACAGAAUCCUGGAAUUCAAAGAAACCUUGAGUGAAGAAAACAUUAACCUGAAGACCCUGAGGGAGCUGUGCUUCAAUGGAAUCCCAUUUGAAGGGGGCAUCCGGGCACUUUGCUGGAAAAUCCUUCUCAAUUAUCUGCCUUCUGAUCAGACAUUAUGGGAGUCUUUUCUCAAAAAGCAGAGGGAGGUGUACUCCCAGUUCCUAAAAGAAAUGAUCAUCCAGCCUGGUAUUGCAAAAGCCAACAUGGGCCUUUCUAGAGAAGAUGUGACUAUGGAGGACCAUCCUCUGAAUCCCAACCCAGACAGCAGGUGGAAUAACUACUUCAAAGACAAUGAGAUUCUGCUACAAAUUGAUAAGGAUGUGAGGCGGCUGUACCCAGACAUGGCGUUCUUCCAGCGACCCACAGAAUACCCAUGCCAACUCAUCUUGGACCCUCAGAAUGAGUACGAGACGCUGCGGCGACGAGUGGAACAGACCACGUUGAAAUCCCAAACUGUAAACCGCAACCGCAGUGGAGUCACCAAUGUCAGCUCCCCUGGAAAGGCGUUCAACCUGUAUCCAUCCAACGAGUAUGAGGUGCUGCCCAAUGGCAGCGAAGCACACUGGGAGGUGGUGGAGCGGAUCCUCUUCAUCUAUGCCAAACUCAACCCUGGGAUCGCCUACGUCCAGGGCAUGAAUGAGAUUGUUGGGCCAAUCUACUAUACUUUUGCCACAGACCCCAACAGCCAAUGGAAAGAGCACGCUGAAGCGGAUACAUUCUUCUGUUUCACCAACCUGAUGUCGGAGAACAGAGACAACUUUAUCAAGAGCCUCGAUGACUCUCAGUGUGGCAUCACCUACAAGAUGGAGAGUGUGUACUCCAUGCUGAAAGACAAAGACCUGGAGCUCUUUCUCAAGCUGGAAGAGCAGAACAUCAAACCCCAGUAUUUCACAUUCCGCUGGUUGACCUUGUUGCUAUCUCAGGAGUUCCUCCUGCCUGAUGUCAUCCGCAUCUGGGACACUCUGUUUUCUGACCAGGACCGGUUCCACUUCCUCAUCCUGGUGUGCUGUGCCAUGCUCAUACUCAUCCGGGAUAAUCUACUGGCUGGAGACUUCACGGUCAACAUGAGGUCACUGCAGGAUUACCCCAUCUCCGAUGUGCACACCAUCCUGACCAAGGCCAAAGAUCUGCGGGACAACUCUUAACCUGUUGGCUCUUUGGCUCCUGCCAUUUCUGCUCGGAUGUGGGAGGUGAGAGUUGAAACAUUACCCAACAUUGUCAUGGGACACAUGCCUCGUGGGAGGACGCGAUGGAAGAAAAGCGCCCCGCCGGCUGCUUUUUCCCUGGCUGGUGAGACGAUUCCCUUCUUGGGAGCGCUGGUCCCUGUCCCACAGCCGUCUGUCCUGGAGACUGAUGAUGAUGAUGAUGGUGGCUGCACUGGACAUGUGCCACAUUAGUGCUACACUACAGAUCUUAGUUUGUCAAAGGAUUAAAUGUUGCAUUGCUUUGACCUACAGUGCGGUUUGUUCUGUUUGUGUUUUAUUUUUCAAAGUUGAAGGUUUUUAAUGUAACAAAAGUUGUUGUCCUCUGUUUAAUCGUGUGAAACUGGAGACGGUAUUUGUGGGACAUUUUCUGUGUGGAUCAAAUAAAUCUGAAGUAGUGGGUGUGGCUUAUUAGUCACCUGAAAAAUGCUUUUUUCUUUAACGUUGUUUUUCAACAUGCCCCGUUUUCUCCUGUUGGGAACUUAAUGUGAUGGAUGUCUUUGGCACAGCUAACAACUAUUGAAAGAAGGCUGCUGCCUUUCACACUGAACAUCUUUACUUUGGCACAAUGCUUUGUACUGGUGUGACCUGCUGCCACCAGCCCACAGUAACUACCCUGAGUAUUCUUUGAAACGUAGCAAUCGUAUUGCAAUAGCAUCCUGUUGAUAUCAAUUCAUACGUCACACCGCUUUAAGAUACAAAACCAUAUUUUUCUAAGAUAACAAAAGAAGCACAAGCAGCUGACUUUGCCUUAAAAUGAUCUUUAAUUGACUAAACUUUUGCAAGCGUUUUUAUUCCUCUGGGCGGAGGAAACGUUUCAGUCAGUUUGAUCUGAUAGCUUCUAGAGAUUUCUCACCACAACUGAUCCUUUGAAUGAGAACAAUAUUUGAUCUGCAGUAUGUUAGUACAUGAUGCUCUGUGCUAUAUUCCCAAACAGUGACUAAGCCUAUAGUAACACCUUCUGUUGUGUCAAUCGGGGACAGAUGACUGGCAACAUCUGUAUGUCUCUGUACUAUUUGCUUGUUUUUUGAAGGCUUGGACAAAGUUAGCUGAAGAUGCUCGGCUCAGCACAAUGCAUGGUGAGGACUAAUGUCUUAUCUUUCUGUUGAGCCAGCAGCUUUUGAUUGAGCAGAAAAGGGUGUGAGCAGGGUUCAGUGUAAAGAGCCAUUCUGCAUGAAGCUCUUUUCUGAUAUGUUAGCUGGUGGAUCUUAAGAUUAGCAGUGGAGUGAUGGAAAGCUGAAGUAGCAUGACUGAACAACACUGUAGUCCUCCAGGAUUCAGCAUGAUGUCGUUCAGGGUGAACACCUGCCCAUACUAUGGAGUCUGUGGCAGGCUGCUCAUGUCUUGAGUUCAAAUCUAAAUGUGUAUCUAUGACCUGUUAAGAAGGUUCAUUGGUGGAAAAUGAAUGACAGAAGCUGUUUAGAAGACCACUUGAUACGCUGAUAGAAUCCUUACAUGCAUCCUGGUAUGAGGAGCUCUAUGAAGAUCAUUGAUGAAAUGCUUCUCUGUGGCACCAUGAACAAUCAUUGUAAUAUCAGUCUUCAUACACACACUUCAAAUGGAAACCAAGCAUUCCCACGGUCCCUGAGUUCCUUUCUCUUAUGUGACCAUUCUAAUCAGAACACGCUAUUGAAAUGUGCUCUUCAAAAAUGUUCAGGUUCGUGUUAGGGAAGUUCUGUUGACAUUCACCUCCGUAUGGAAGCGUUCAAUGAUUUUUAACGUGUUUUGUGGCUUGGUGUCGGAAGUGCACCUGAAGAGGAUAUUCUUCAAGAUGAAAUGCUUGAUCCACAGUGAGUCCAUGUUCAAAGAUUUGAUUAUAAAAUGUUUGCUCUGACAGCGUUUCCUCUCAAGCAGCAGCUUUCUUUUCAAGUGUUCCUUAGAUAUAUCUAUAUCCAAAAGAUUCAGUUCCCUCCGAAGGACCAAGGUGUGUGUGUGUGUGUGCGCUCUGUCUCAUGUCAAUGAACUGCAUGUUUCUAAUUUUUUAAGCACAUUUUUGUAAGGUGUACCAUGAUGCGACUUGUAUAUAUGCUUUUCGUUUGCAGCCGUACAUUAAAAUGAAUGAUGGUAUAAACUAAA